GUCGCGUACCUCGACCGCAUGAGAUUUUGUCGCUUUUUCAUGUGAUUCGACCCUUGGUUUUUUUUUAUUAUUUCAAUUCUCUCUUUCUCUCUUAUAUCAGUAUCGCAAUCAAACGGUUUUAUUAUUUUAUUUAUCGUUAAUUAUUUAUUGCUUUUUAUUUUAUUUUUUUUCAUUUAUUUAUAAUAAUACGUUAUUAUUAUUAUUAUUAUUAUUAUUAUCAUUAUUUAUGACACGAGUGAAUGCAUUUUAUAUGGACCCGGGCUACAAGAAAUAUUGACACGGGAUUUUAUUCGACUCACUGCGGAAAUACAAUCGCAAAUAGUGCAAACACACAAGUUUUAUUUAAAUAAAAAAAAUAUAUAUGUUAUUAAUUUGAGCCAUCUAGUCUUUUUUUAUGACUUGGUAUAAAAUAUAUUUAGUUAAAUAAAUAAAUAUAUGUAAAUAAUCAGUGAAACAGACAGUGAUUUAUAAGGCAAUAGAUCCUCCAGUGAUUGACGUAGCCAAUGAGUGUUUUGAGUGGUAAAAAAAAAAAGUUAUUCAAAGUGCCAUCAGUGUUUUGGAGCGAAAUAAUUCAUUAUAAAUUUAAACAAUCGUAAUUAUUUUUUUUUUUUUUAUAUUUGUCAUCGGAUGUUCUGGGAUCAAAAAAGAAAAGAAAAUUAAAAAGUUAUUAUUAUUUUUGUUUUAAUCCUUGUGAUUUUUUUAUUCUUUUUAGCGUUGUAACGACGCGACUCGUGCCGCCAUGUGUGUCCGACGUUUCAGCCGCGUGUUCGUUUUCUGAUAGAACCUUGUGCGAAGAAAAUAAAAAAAAUAAAAUAUAUAUAUAUAAUACUAAAGGCAACAAAGCAUUUUCGGUUGUCACCCAUUGCAACAUAAACCUUUUGAGUACGAUCUCGCUUAAAUUCACGUGACACUUUUUACCGACUAUUUUAACCUAUUGACACUUGGUACCUGUCAAACUGACAGCACAAUGAAUUUAAAUAUCAAACAUUAGAUAUACGAGUUAUGAUAUAUAUAUUUAAACUGUGAUAGUUGCUUCGAAAUAUUCAGUGAAAUAUAAAAAAAAAAAAAAUAAUAAUACUUAUAAACAUGUCAGAAAUGAAGAAAAGUGUUACUGUAUGUGUGAUUUGAUAUUCGUUAAAGAAAAAAACUUAAAAGUGGGUAUUUUAGUGCAUUUUAAUAAUAUUUUUUAGUUAAAUAAAUAGAUAGUGUAAAUUGUGUAAUAAAUAUAAUAUGCAGUCAAACACAAUCAUAAGGGAAAUAAGUAGUACGGAAAAGUUAAUGGGAAAUAACAAUAAUUUAAAUAACAAUGGAUCACCGGGUGACAUAAUGUUUCACAUGGAAGACGAAGGAAUGACGCAGCUCGGUAGCGUCUUUCAAUCAGCUUACCAGUCCAUUGUGGGUGGUGGUCCACAGUAUGGAUCAGAUGAAUUUGGUCAGGAUUCACCCAGGUACACAUCACCAAAAGCUGCCACUCUCUACGCGGAGCCUUACUAUAUUGAUGGAAAUUCAGCGGGAACGGGUCCCGGGGAUCCAUGGAAUGGUAGCGGAGUCCAGCCACCGUACAGCGGAUACGCACCACCACACCUGAACCAACCUGCCUACCCCAUGCACUUAGCCCACGACCACCUGUCGUAUUCGGCGAUUUCACCAAACGGUGAACCAGCAGCACCAAUACUUGGAUCAACGGUGACAAGUGCGGCCUCAUUACCACCAAUGUCAACCUUCAGAGGUAGUGCAGCAGUUGCUGCAUCCGGUGGUACUGGUGCACCAUCACCUGCGUCGUUACAGUACAAUCAUAGUCCCGGAGCACCAGCACCCGCACCACCAACGGCCAAUAAUCCACCACAAAAUCAAACACCCACCGCUGAUAGUCUAGGAAAAACACUUGCAUCUGUAGUAAGCACACGAAUAUAUCCAACGGACCAAUCAGUAUCAAGUUAUAGUAGUAAUCCAUCUACACCAGUGAGUUCGCCGCCGCCAUUAACAGGUCCAGCGCCAGGAUGGGCGCCAGGUGCUACCCCAGUCUCGCCCCACUUUACCGCAGAUCCAAAUCGUGGUACCAUUCACAUGCCGGCGCCCGAACAACAGAGGCUAGACGAUGCCAUCGGCUUUCUUCGCGACCACGCCGAGUUGGUACAGGGAUCGCGGAUGGAGGAACGACUGGAUGAUGCCAUAAAUGUACUGAGAAAUCAUGCUGAGAGUCAGCUUAGUCUUCAUUUAGGUCCUGUAGGUCCACAUGGUGGUCUUUAUUCUCAUACAUCUCCAUCACAAUUAGAUCAUCUUUCGAGUCCACAUCCUGCUGUAACGGUCGCACAACCUCAAGGAACAUAUCCAGGUCUUGCACCAACGCCUGAUACUGAUGGAUCUAUUAAAAUUGAAAGGUUACCUGUUUCCAAUGCAACAGAAUACAUAUCUCUAGAAAAGAGAAAAGAUCCACCAGACAGCAGUGGUGGUGAAACAAAAGCAUCGAGUAGUGAUAUUGGAGCUGGAGUUAUUGCUGGUGCUACUGUUAAUUCAACUUCACAAGGAAAAGGAACUAAACGUUCGCGCAGAUAUUGUUCGAGCGCCGACGAAGACUGCGAUGAUCCUGGCACCAAAGCGGUGCGCGAAAAAGAACGUCGUCAAGCCAACAACGUUCGCGAAAGGAUACGUAUCAGAGAUAUUAAUGAGGCGCUGAAAGAGCUCGGUAGGAUGUGUAUGACACAUUUAAAAACGGACAAGCCACAAACAAAGCUCGGGAUACUUAAUAUGGCUGUUGAAGUAAUAAUGACACUUGAACAACAAGUCAGAGAGCGAAAUUUAAAUCCAAAAGCUGCUUGUUUAAAAAGGAGAGAAGAAGAGAAAGCUGAAGAUGGACCUAAAUUACCUGGACAUCUUGCUGCUCACAUAGGUCAUCCACAUCCUCAUCCACAUCCACAUUCACAACCACCAUUUUCGACGAUGCCCGGUCCACCUCCAUCACUUCAACACAAUCAAGUACAGCCACAGUAGCAGAGGUUAAAUGACGGCAUCGUCCUUUGUUAAUUAAUAAAAAACUUAAAAAACAAAUUAAAAAAUAACUUAAACAAACAAGUGAAGUUUGUGAAAGAGACUUUUAACAAAUAAAUAAAUAUCAAGACUUCAGGUAUCAAAGCGAUUUGCCCACGUUUACUUAUAUUCAAGAGAAUAUAUAUGAAUAUGAACGAAAGAGUAUAUAUUAUCAUGAAAAAAAAAAGUAAUAAAAAACAGAAAAAAAUAUAUACAUUAUGUAUAUAAAAAAUAUAAAUUCGGUAUAAGAAGCGUCAUAUGGUCUUGACUAUAACCCGGUGAUGGUUAAUCUAGUAAAUGUUUGCUAGAGGGUGCUCUUUUGUUCUUAUUAAUUUAGUUAAUAAUAUUUACUUUCUUUAUAAAUAAUUCCAAUAAUAAGAUUGUAUUAAAUAACAAUUUAUUUUAAAUUAUUUAAAUAAUUGUAUAGUAAAGUUAUUUAAUAAAUAACUUACUUACAAUUUAACUUGAUAUAAAUAUUGGAAAUAAUUAUUGGGACAAACCGUUUAUAAAUAAUAAUAAAAAUAAUAAUAAUAAUAAUAAUAAUAAUUAAAAAAAAAAAAAAUACCGAUUGAUUUUUAAAAAAUAAUCAUAUCGGAAUCUAAUGACAAUAAAUAAGUAUUAUUCAUAUAUAUAAUUAUGAAUAAACGGGACUCCUGAUACUCUACAAUGUUUUAUUUAAUAAAUAUUUUUAUUUAAAACAUAUCAAGGAUUAUGAAAAAAUAUGUAAUAAAUGAAUAAAUAAAAAAUAAUUAUAGAGAAGAGAGGAGAGGGAGUGAUUGAGAAAGAAUGAUAGUUGUAAUUUGUGGUAUUUCAAGUGGAAGUAUGAAAGAAUUAUCUUGUAUAAAGGGAUGGACGAUAUUCUAAACGUGAAAGCAAACCAAUCAUCGUGCAUCCAACUGUAAAAUUACGCUUCGAUCAAGUUUAAGAUUUACAUCCCGUUGAGUUUAAAUUUACCGAUAACAAAAAAUAACUAAUGAAUAUAAAAAUAAAUAAAUAAAUAUUAUGUAGACUUGAAAAGCUGGAACCGUCUACAUUGGAACUGUAGAAUUGUGUGUCCGCUUAUUUUAUAAGUAAAUAAAUAAA